CCGUCCCCCGCCCCCCGCCACUCUCCAUCGGACCGGAGGACGAAUGAGGAAGACGUGCCCGCAAAUUGGGACAUCAACUUUCCCCAGCUGGUCUCUGGGCUCCGGGAGCAGAAGCGCGCCGGUCCUCCGCCGUCCGCGGCCCACGAAGGAGGAGCAGCAGCGGUGAUGGGCUAGCGGCUGAAGCGAGGAGCCCCGAGCGAGCCCCGCGUCGCCAGCCAGCUCCGUGUUCCCACGCCCGCGCCCUCGAAAUCUCUCCGGGGGGGGGGGGAGCGCUCAGGGGUGCCGCCGCCGAGCAUCCCAGGGAGGAUGAGGCAGGGAGCCGGCCCGGUAGCGCUGCAUCUGGCGGGCGUGCGGCCGCGGCUGGGGCUCGGCAGGAAUUAAGAAGCCGAGAAGAUGGAGAGCCGCGCACUCCUCGCCCAGCCCGGGCUCCGGACCAGGGACACAGGCUGGGCGCUCCUCUAUUUCCUCUGCUGCGUCCUCCCCCAGACCGCCCCGCAAGUACUCAGGAUCGGAGGGAUUUUUGAAACUGUGGAAAACGAACCUGUUAAUGUUGAAGAAUUAGCAUUCAAGUUUGCAGUCACCAGCAUUAACAGAAAUCGAACCCUGAUGCCUAACACCACGUUAACCUAUGACAUCCAGAGAAUUAAUCUUUUUGAUAGUUUUGAAGCCUCGCGGAGAGCCUGCGACCAGCUGGCUCUUGGUGUGGCUGCUCUCUUUGGCCCUUCCCACAGUUCCUCUGUCAGCGCUGUGCAGUCAAUUUGCAAUGCUCUCGAAGUUCCACACAUACAGACCCGCUGGAAACACCCAUCGGUGGACAACAAAGACUUGUUUUACAUCAACCUGUACCCAGAUUAUGCAGCCAUCAGCAGGGCGGUCCUGGAUCUGGUCCUCUACUACAACUGGAAAACAGUGACAGUGGUGUAUGAAGACAGCACAGGCCUCAUUCGUCUACAAGAGCUCAUCAAAGCUCCCUCCAGAUAUAACAUUAAAAUCAAAAUCCGCCAGCUACCCUCUGGGAAUAAAGAUGCCAAGCCUUUACUCAAGGAGAUGAAGAAGGGCAAGGAGUUCUAUGUGAUAUUUGAUUGUUCACAUGGGACAGCUGCUGAAAUCCUUAAGCAGAUUCUGUUCAUGGGCAUGAUGACUGAGUACUAUCACUACUUUUUCACAACCCUGGACUUAUUUGCUUUAGAUCUGGAACUCUAUAGGUACAGUGGUGUAAACAUGACCGGGUUUCGGCUGCUUAAUAUUGACAACCCUCGCGUGUCCUCCAUCAUUGAGAAGUGGUCCAUGGAGAGACUGCAGGCCCCCCCCAGGCCAGAGACUGGCCUUUUGGAUGGCAUGAUGACAACUGAAGCGGCUCUGAUGUAUGAUGCCGUGUACAUGGUGGCCAUUGCCUCCCACCGGGCUUCCCAGCUGACCGUCAGCUCCUUACAGUGUCAUCGACACAAGCCAUGGCGCCUUGGACCCAGAUUUAUGAACCUAAUUAAAGAGGCUCGGUGGGAUGGCCUGACCGGGCGUAUCACCUUCAAUAAAACCGAUGGCUUGAGGAAGGAUUUUGAUCUGGAUAUCAUUAGUCUCAAAGAGGAAGGAACUGAAAAGGCUGCUGGCGAAGUGUCUAAACACUUAUAUAAAGUGUGGAAGAAGAUUGGGAUUUGGAACUCCAACAGUGGCCUUAACAUGACCGAUGGCAACAAAGACAGGUCCAACAAUAUCACCGAUUCACUGGCCAACCGAACACUCAUAGUCACCACCAUUUUGGAAGAACCCUAUGUGAUGUACAGGAAAUCUGAUAAGCCUUUGUAUGGAAAUGACAGAUUUGAAGGGUAUUGCCUGGAUCUGUUGAAAGAAUUGUCAAACAUCUUGGGCUUCAUUUAUGAUGUCAAACUCGUCCCUGAUGGCAAAUAUGGAGCCCAGAAUGACAAAGGAGAGUGGAAUGGAAUGGUCAAAGAACUUAUAGAUCAUAAGGCUGAUCUGGCAGUGGCUCCUCUAACCAUUACCUAUGUUCGGGAGAAAGUCAUUGACUUCUCCAAGCCCUUCAUGACCCUGGGUAUCAGCAUUCUCUACCGGAAGCCCAAUGGUACCAAUCCAGGAGUGUUCUCCUUCCUCAACCCCCUGUCUCCUGACAUUUGGAUGUAUGUGCUCUUAGCCUGCUUGGGAGUCAGUUGUGUACUCUUUGUGAUUGCAAGGUUUACACCCUACGAGUGGUAUAACCCCCACCCAUGCAACCCUGACUCAGAUGUGGUGGAAAACAAUUUUACUUUACUAAAUAGUUUCUGGUUUGGAGUUGGCGCUCUCAUGCAGCAAGGAUCAGAGCUGAUGCCCAAAGCUCUAUCAACCAGAAUAGUUGGCGGGAUAUGGUGGUUUUUCACCUUAAUCAUCAUUUCAUCCUACACUGCCAACCUGGCUGCCUUCUUGACAGUGGAGAGAAUGGAAUCCCCCAUAGAUUCAGCAGAUGAUCUGGCAAAGCAAACCAAGAUAGAAUAUGGGGCAGUCAGAGAUGGAUCCACAAUGACCUUCUUCAAGAAAUCAAAGAUAUCUACCUAUGAGAAGAUGUGGGCAUUUAUGAGCAGCAGGCAGCAGACAGCCCUGGUAAAAAACAGUGAUGAAGGGAUCCAACGAGUACUCACCACUGACUAUGCCCUAUUGAUGGAGUCCACCAGCAUUGAGUAUGUGACGCAGAGAAAUUGCAACCUCACUCAGAUUGGGGGCCUCAUUGACUCCAAAGGUUAUGGAGUGGGAACACCUAUCGGCUCUCCUUACCGGGAUAAAAUCACUAUCGCUAUCCUUCAACUACAAGAGGAGGGCAAACUGCAUAUGAUGAAAGAAAAGUGGUGGCGGGGAAAUGGCUGCCCAGAGGAAGACAGCAAAGAGGCCAGUGCUCUGGGAGUAGAAAAUAUUGGGGGCAUAUUCAUUGUUCUGGCUGCUGGACUGGUCCUCUCUGUAUUUGUAGCCAUUGGAGAAUUUAUAUACAAAUCACGGAAAAACAGUGAUAUUGAACAGGCUUUUUGUUUCUUUUAUGGACUGAAGUGUAAACAAACCCAUCCAACCAACUCCACUUCUGGAACCACUUUAUCUACGGAUUUAGAAUGUGGCAAAUUAAUUCGAGAGGAGAGAGGGAUUCGGACACAGUCCUCAGUUCACACUGUGUAAUCAGUUAAAAAAAAAAAAAAAGUGUGCCCAGUAGAAAUUGUUUCUGCUAAUUGGUAUUGUUGAUGAUAUCUGUAUCUUUUAAGCAUAAAUAGCCAUAAUUCUUUAUCCUGUCAAGGUAGCAAAACUCAUGGACUCUAGACACUGAAUUCAAUGCACUGAAAACAGAUGCACAUUCUGUGUUGAAACCGAGGUGUAUUAGGGGCAUAUAAACUUCAAUAUAUGUGUAUUUUCCAGAAUCUGCUAUACCAUCAAGAUAACGGUUAUCUUAGUUCUAUAUUUAUGUGUUAAAAAUAAGCAAGUCUUUCUUCAUGAAAAAAUAGAUGUAGAUUUUCAACAGUGCAAAGCAUAAAAACAAAAUGCUAGUAUGGUGGAAUUCUUUUUUAUCUUUGUGGACCUUUUGUUUUUCUUUUUUUUUUUAAACUCCUGUUUCCCUCUCCCUGUCCCUUCUGUUCUAUGUAGAUCCACAUAUUCAAACUACCCGAAACCCUAACUUUUGGUAGUAAGUCCAUAACAACGUUGACGUUCAACUCAAAUUGAUUCCACUAUUUAAAAUGUAUUAUUUACACAAAGACUCAAGGUGUCUUGUAUUUUAAAAAUUGAAAAACGUGAUCCAGAAAAUGGAAACUAAACUUGAACCCUCUGGCGUCACAGAAGAGCAUUAGCUAUGCUGAACUUCACUCAGAAAGGCACAACUCAGUCGAAAAUGAUUCUUGGGUCGAAAUUCAUUAACAUCAAGCUCUCACGUAACAUUUACCUGACAACCCUCUGUACGUUCAGAUCAUAGUAUGUUCAGAGUCUCCAAGGAACUGUGGUUUUUUUCAUGCUGCAGACUAUUUCUUGCAAGCUCCAGACAAACUCCUAAACUAGGAACUAACACAUAGCAUCUUCUAUUUUCCACUGACUCACUUUCACUAUGCAUUGACGAACAUCUUUUCACAAGAUGUAAUUUUAUUCCUUUCCUACUCACCCAGCAUAGAGUGGUUGUUCUCCUCACAAUCUUUUCUGAGCAUUAACACUUUCACACUCAUUUCUUUGGAUGCUUUGUCAUUAUCAAUUCACUCCAAGUAUAUUAGGGAGAAGGGCAAGGAGGAGAAAAUAAAUAGAGGAAAGAAUUUCCAUACACAUUAGUUACAGAUCUCUAGAUUUAUUUUCCACCUGCAUUCAAAAUGUUGUAAAUAAUUCCCACUCUAACUCAGCUUGGUGGCAUAAGAAACCAACUGCAUACUUAAUUUGUUGUGAUGGAGGAUGUCUGCCUGCCCUCUGAGCUUCUUUUCCUCUUCACAGUGCAUAGGGGAAUUGAGGAUGCCUUUCAUCUUCCCCCAGCAUGGGAUCAGUUGGUCUUUGUUCUCCUUAAUGGGAUUACCUUUUGACAUGUGAAGUUAGCCCCAAAACAUAUUUCUCAGAAUUAAAGAUAAGCCAUCUGUGCAAUCAUGUAGCAUUUUGCCUUCUCUUUGCUUAGCUUUAAAUGGGUUCCAAUUUUUGAACCACAGGUCCCUCCAGUCAAAACUAUAUUUCUCCAGUAACGCAUGUAUAGGAAAGUUGACUCCUGCCCUGAUUUUCUCAGUCUUGCUUUCUUCUUUAAAUAAAUGUGCUUUUAAGAAAAUAUCUCUAAAUUACACUAACAUUUAUCUACUGUUAUUAAAGUGAAAGCAGCACACUUUGUCCUGGGUCAGAGUUUACAUCUUCAUAAUCAAUAGAGGCAAACAUUGGAGUAUUUUAGUAUUCAGAAUUUAUUGAUUCUGUAUGUGGAAACCACAAAUUACAUGAGUUUAUCUUCCCAAGGACUAUUUAAUAAAUCAAAGAUGCUACCAAAAAAGUUCAAGGGUGAUUGAUGAAGUUGAGAUGAUCAAGGGGUUAGCGAUAACAAAAUCUGCUUUUCUACAGAGACUCUCCUUUGAAAGUGUAAUUCAGAGUCUGGGUAAACUUAAUAGUUGUGUGCCACUUUAAGAUGUAUACUACCUAUUUCUGAUAUUUAUAUCUUAUUUUACAGUUUUCAAAAUGUUUUGAAAUGAUACAGCAUUACAUUUAAUCCAUUCAACAAUUUUAUUUCAGCUUUACUAACAGAGAAAUAAGCAGUCAGCAACCUGGAGUCCUAGAAUUUAGAAUUAUAGGAGAAUUUUCAAAAUCAACCAAACUUAGGUGCAGGUUCCAGUACAGCCACAUGCUGAAUCACAGUAGACAAGUGACUGCAUUUCUCAGAGCCUUUGUUUCUUAGUAGGUAAUAUUAGGACAUAAUUUCUGGGUCAUAAGGUACCAUUGACAAGUGUUAUUCAAAUUAGAUUUUCUGGUCAAGGAACCCACGGAACACUACUCUAAACUUUCUUUACGGCAUGAUAUCUCAUGAUAUCUCAUUUAACAUGUUAUGAUGCAUUGGGAAUUUUCAACAAGAUUGGAAAGCAUUCAGUAUUUCCCAAACUUAUUAGAUAGCAGAAUCUGUUUUUCCCCUGAAGUAUCUUGACAGACCAUUUUCUACAGAUCAUACUCAGGGAAUGCUGGCUUGAUGAUAUGUACCUCAUCCAGUGUUAUUGUACAAAACACAUUAACCAUGCCUGGCACAUCGUUGCCAUUCAGUAAACAAUGGUAUUGACGAUUGGGGGUAGUUUUUAAUUUCUCUGAGCCCUAGUUUCCUCAUUUGUAAAAUGAAGAUAAUUUGUUGACCUAUAUUUGCUUUGAGAAUUAAAUGAAAUUCUAUAAUGGUAUUGGAAAUAAGAUCAUUUAUAAGAAUUCUGUUAAUAGAUAUUGGUUAACAGAUAUUAGCCCCUUAUAGAGAAAUUAGGUAUUGCUAUCUGGUCAUGUGGCCAGUAAGUACAAUUUAUCAUGCAUCUUAAUACACAGUCUGUCUGGAAAAGAGGUUUUCCAAUUACAGGUUCAAACUCUCUCUCUAAAACCACUUUUCCUUACACAAUCAUUAAAAAUCAAGGACAAGUUCAUUGCACCCCAGGGAAGGACCCAAACUGGCAACACAUGAGGAUCCAGUAGAAGUCAUGAACCUCAUCUCUAGAAAUUCUUAUUUGAUUAGUCUGGAAGGAGGGCAGGACAAUAGUUUUUUAAGGUAGUCGGUUGAUUUUACUGUGCAGUAGUGAUCUAAAGCAUAAUCUUAUGUGUGUAAUCAGCAUUCAAUAAUUCAUUGAUGUCUGUUGAUUGAUUCCAGAGGUACGACCACUAAUUCUAAGCCAAGAUAUACUCACAUAUUUGGCAUUCAAUAUUCAAUAAACCCUUUAUAGAGAGAGUUCAAAAAGAAACUGCACAUCUUUGAGAUAAAAAUUUCACUAUAUUCAAUUGAUGACCUUCAUGUUUAGUUAUAGUUGCUAGACCUACUCAAAAUGAUCAAAUAGGUAGUUUAAUUGGUCUCUGUGCCCUUUUUUCCCUUGAAGAACUUCUAUUCAUUUCAGAAACCAAGGCUCCUUACACUUCUUUUUCUUUUUAUACAUGCCCUGGACAACCAAUACUUGACAUCAAGUAAAUGACUGCUGAAACGACAGUGACUCCACCAGGGGCCAUUGCAUUUUAAGUGAAAUUUAGAAAAAAAGAACCUUGAACAUGAAAGAAAAAAUUCCAAACUCUGUUUUUUUUGUCAUUAGUUCUCAGAACUUUGGUGUACCUCAGAAUCAACCGGGGAAAUUAUUUAAAAUAUGGAUUAUAGGUUCUACCUCCAUAGAUUGCUUCUCAGUGAGUGUAAUCCAGGAAUUGGUGACUUUUUAACAAAAUCUGAAAGCGAAUGCUUAAAAUUAGUUGUAGACAUUAGUUUCCAUAAAAAAAAAAUAGCUUCAAUAUAGCAGUUUUCUCCAAAAUUAGGUCAUGUACAUGAGUUUUUUUAGUACAAGGGAUUUUUUAAAAAUACCUUUCCUUACAUGAGCUUUUUUCCCCCCAACAAUCUUAAAUACAGCUGUUUUACUUUAAAACUUUGGUAAGCAUGAGUUUUCUUUAAAGCUAGAUGGAACACAGCAAUUUGACUUCAAGUUAAGUGGUGAGGGUGAGAUUUUAUUAACAUUGGCAGGUUAUCUGUGGCUUAUACUUUGAGGAAUACUGUUUAAAGUUAGCAAGAGAGCAGAGAGGUGUUUGAAAAGAUUGAACAGUGCAUCGACAACUAUGGAGCAUCUAACGCUGUCUAAUCCAAUUCCUGACAAGCCUGCUUAUAAUCCAAUGCAAUAAGGAAAAAAAUAAAGUUUAUUUUGUCUUA